GAUGUUAAGUGGCUGGGUGUCAGUGGGUAUAUAAGGCAGCUGCUGCCUCAGUGUCACCAUCACAGCCACCAUGAAGCUCUUGAUCCUGUGUUCACUAAUAGCAGCGGCCGCUGCCUGGCCCAGCUUCAGUGACGAUCACUUCCUCAGUGAUGACCCAGGUGUGACUUUGGCCAAGAAACAACAGGAUGUCAAUCACUUGCUGGAUGAUAUUUAUGACCACCUUCACUUUAGUGACUUGAAAGAUUUUUCUGACACCUUUGACCCGGAAGCUGACUCUUCACAGUACACCGAUGAUGGUGCGGCAGCUCAUGCGCUGAUACAGGAAAUUAAAGACCACAGAGUAUUAGAGCAACAUCACUGGUUCUCACUUUUCAACACCCGUCAACGUGAAGAAGCUCUCCUGCUCUUUGAUGUUCUCAUGCACUGCAAGACCUGGUCUUGCUUCGUUCACAACGCUGCUUACUUCCGUGAGCGCCUCAACGAGGGAGAGUUCGCGUACGCGCUUUAUGUGGCUGUCAUCCACUCAGACUUGGGACAGGGAAUUGUUCUUCCUCCACUCUAUGAAGUUACUCCUCACCUGUUCACCAACAGUGAAGUUAUCAAUAAGGCCUACACUGCCAAGAUGACUCAAACUCCAGGCAAAUUCGAGAUGAAGUUCACUGGAACAAAAAAGAACAAAGAACAACGAGUAGCGUACUUUGGUGAGGACAUUGGCCUAAACAUUCACCACGUUACUUGGCAUAUGGACUUCCCCUUCUGGUGGAAGGACUCUUACGGCUAUCAUCUGGACCGCAAGGGAGAACUCUUCUUCUGGGCUCACCACCAACUCACUGCCCGCUUUGAUGCUGAGCGUCUCUCCAACCAUCUGGAUGUUGUUGACGAACUUCAUUGGGACGAUGUUAUCCAUGAAGGAUUUGCUCCACAUACUAACUACAAAUAUGGUGGAGAGUUCCCAGCUCGCCCUGACGAUGUACACUUUGAAGAUGUUGAUGGUGUGGCUAACGUGCGUGAUAUGGUCAUCUUAGAAAGUCGAAUUCGCGAUGCCAUCGCUCAUGGCUACAUAGUCGACAGGAGUGGUAACAAGAUCGAUAUUAAAAAUGAUCAUGGCAUCGACACUCUGGGAGAAAUCAUUGAAUCUUCUGCAUACAGCGCCAACCCACAGUAUUAUGGCUCACUGCACAACACGGCUCACAUAAUGCUUGGUCGCCAAGGUGAUCCUCACGGCAAGUUCAACUUUCCUCCUGGUGUCAUGGAACAUUUCGAGACUGCCACUCGAGACCCAAGCUUCUUCAGACUUCAUAAAUAUAUAGAUAACAUUUUCAAAGAACACAAGGACACUCUUCCACCUUACACUCAAGAAGAACUCGAGUUCUCCGGUGUUUCCGUUGAUAACAUUGCCAUUGAUGGAGAACUGAAGACCUACUUCGACAAUUUCGAGUUCAGUCUCAUCAAUGCUGUAGAUAAAUCUGACAAAGUGAAAGAUGUUGAGAUCCAUGCUAUAGUACCUCGUCUAAACCACCAAGAAUUUUCUUACAAUAUUGACAUCACUAACAACAAUGGUAACAAAGUCCUUGGUACCAUCCGCAUCUUCCUGUGCCCUCGUUAUGACAACAACGGAGUCCUCUUCUCCUUCGAGGAAGGUCGAUGGCACUGCAUUGAAAUGGACAAGUUUUAUAAAUCAUUGGCUCCUGGAUCUAACCACAUUGUUCGCAAGUCCGUUGACUCUUCAGUGACUGUUCCUGACAGGCCAAGUUUUGACUCACUAAAGAGGAAAGCUGACCAGGCCGUAGAAAGCCAUAGUAAACUUGACCUCCACGAAUUUGAGCGAUCUUGUGGUAUCCCCAACAGACUGCUCCUACCUAAGGGAACAACCUCAGGAAUGGAGUUUUCCUUGUUUGUGGGAGUGUCUGACGGUGACGAAGAUAAGACCGUAGAUAAUCCUGAAGACUUGGCCGCCACCCACAGUCAGUGUGGUAUCCAUGGAGAGAAGUACCCAGACAAGCGGCCAAUGGGUUACCCAGUUGACCGUCAUAUCCCAGAUCCUCGCGUCGUCUUGCAGGCUCCCAAUAUACAUAAAGUUCAUGUCAAGAUCUUCCACGAUGAGCAUCACUGAACUUCAGAGCAAACCUAAAUUACUGUCAAAUUUACAAACUACUUUAUAUUUGCCUUUAUCGUUUUUGAACAACAAUACACUAGCAAAAUAGGGAAUUUUCUCCGAUAUAAGAUGCAGUUUCAUUAAACCUGAGGAUUUUAUGUUUUUAUUAACAAUGUCAGUUUGAAAUAAAAGACAACAGUUUCUGGAUGGCUCCAGAACAUCUUU